AUGCUGGCUAAAAACGCCCAAGUUUAUUCCGAUAUUUCUAAAGGGCCACCUCGUAUCCGAGUUCUGCGGCUAAGACCAGGGAGAUACGAAGAAGAGAUCACAUGCGACUUGAUUGAGGGACCUCUUUCGUUCUCAGAAUUCGAGGCACUCAGCUACGUUUGGGGUGUAAGCUUACGUUCAUACACCAUCCGGGUCGAUGGAAAAUCAUUUUACAUUUCAUACAACUUGUAUAAUGCACUCAAAGAGCUGCGCAGCACUGAGCAUGAAAGAAUACUUUGGGUUGAUGCUGUAUGCAUCAAUCAACUCGAUGAUACAGAGAAGAGCACCCAAGUCCAGAUGAUGCGAGACAUAUACUCGAAGGCUUCCAGGGUGGUGGUGUGGUUGGGCGAAGCAGCUCCUGCUACUGGUUCUCUAUUCGAGUUCGUACAGCAAUUCGGGAUUGCAAAGACCGAGGAAAUCGAAACACUUUGGGAUAAUCACACUAUGCAGCCGACGUGGAUCAGCAUGAGGGCAGAAUAUCUCCGUAUCUUUGAGCAUGGCUGGUGGGGUCGUGCCUGGGUUAUUCAAGAGGUAGUCGUUGGGCGUCACGUGGUCAUACAUUGUGGUCCCUUCCAAGUUGAUUGGGAAGCUGUCCACAAACUAUUCACGUACAGCCCCUUCGCAAACGGCUUGUUCAGUAAUUACAGGGCCCCUUUAUCCACUAAAUAUAUUCAAAGCCUCAAAGAAGAGGCAAAUGACGCUGAGGAUUCCAACGUCGCACUAGGUGACCUCGUCAUCCGCUUUCGACGACAAUUAGCCACAUUUGGAUCUGACAAAAUAUACGCCCUGCUUGGUUUACUACAGUCGGAUAACCCAUCUCUAAUAAUGCCUGAUUAUAGCAAGCCGCCGGAUGAAGUCUUCCUGCAGUUUACCGAGUCUUGUCUAGUCCACAUGAGAAACCUGGACAUACUCAGUUAUGCUCCUGGGGCGCAACUUCACAAUGCGAGUUGGUGUCGAGAUUGGCGACUCAGCUAUGAUUAUCCGUUUAUUUUGAAGGCCAAGAGAUUGCUAGAUCUUGAAUCAUCCAAACCGUUCUCGGCAUCGGGACGCGAUCCCCCACACUUCGUAAUUGAUCUAGAGCAUCGUAUUCUGGCAGUCGCAGGUUACAAGAUUAACGUUGUAGCAAGAACUAGAAUCGUUCCCGUUUUGCGCAGCUGGGAGUUUGUCGCUAGUAAGGAGCUAGGGCAUGCAGAAACAUCUGCUAUGAGAGAAUCCUUCAAUCGCACAGUCACUGCGGAUUGCUGGCAGAUUGAACCUAUGGACUGGAGAAAAAGAAUUAAGCCCCUGCAGGAAUAUCCACGUGACGAUGAAGAUAGAGAUUAUAGGCUCGCGGUGUACAAUGCCUGUAUCUGCCGCCGAUUCUUUGUUACUGAAGAUGGAAGAUUUGGCUUGGGUCCAUGGGAUAUGAAGAAAGGAGAUACCGUGGCUGUUCUCUUGGGCGGAAAGACACCCUUCUUACUGCGACACUGCGUCAACAGGCGUUCGGCAAAGAUUCCCGCUGUUACGUAUCACAAGCUCGUAGGCGAGGCUUUCGUGGACGGGCUAAUGUACCAAGACGGAAGUUUGCAGGAUGACAGCUUGGAGAACUUCUUCUUGAUAUGA